CCACAGAAGGGUGAAAGAAACCCACAAAUUGCAACUCGUCGCGUGGAUAUGACGCAUAGCGUGUUUUGUGACGCCACUCACUGUAUUGCCGCGAAAUGUCAAAUCAUGGCAGUAGGAAUUCAGAAAUGAUCGUCUCCUGAGUAUGAAAACCAUGAGAAGUCAAGUCAAAGCAGGUCCAGAGGGGGUUUCUCUCCAUGGCAAAGAUGCACUUCAACUCCUUCCACAGAAACUGCAAGAAAAGCUGAUGCCCUUCCAGAGAGAGGGUGUCUGUUUUGCCCUAUCAAGGGAUGGACGGUGUAUGAUUGCAGAUGAGAUGGGUUUGGGAAAGACGAUCCAGGCCAUUUCUGUGGCGUAUAUCUUCAAACAGGAAUGGCCUCUUCUGAUUGUGGUACCUUCAUCUCUGAAAUACCCUUGGAUUGAAGAGCUGGAGAAGUGGAUUCCUGAACUCGACCCCAGAGACAUCAACUUGGUGGAGAGCAAGACCGAUACAAUGAGUAUCAGCACUAGCAAAGUGACAAUACUGGGAUACGGGCUGCUCACGACAGACGCACGCCCCCUGCUGGAGGCUCUGAACAAGCAACGUUUCGGCGUCGUCCUGGUGGAUGAAUCCCACUACCUGAAAUCUCGCAAUGCAGCUCGUAGUAAAAUACUGGUGCCAGUCAUUCAGAACGCCAAGCGUGCCAUCCUUCUAACUGGCACCCCGGCGCUGGGCAGACCAGAGGAGCUCUUCAUGCAAAUCGAAGCUUUGUAUCCACGGAGAUUUGGAACCUGGAGCGACUACGCCAAAAAAUACUGCAACGCACACUACAAGUUUUUUGGGGCCAGACGGCAGUGGGACUGUCGCGGCGCUUCUCAUUUGGACGAGUUACACCAACGUCUGAGUGAGAUUAUGAUUCGCAGACUCAAGAAUCAGGUGCUGACUCAACUACCACCCAAAAUACGUCAGCGAAUUCCCUUCGACCUUCCCAAAGAUGCCGCCAAGGAAGCGAGUGCUAGUUUUGAGCAGUGGGAGAAACUGAUGAGCUCUGAGAGUGAGAAUCAGUUUGUGGAGGUGAUGAGUCUCAUCACACACAUGUAUAAGCAGACUGCCGUUGCCAAGGCCGGAGCGGUGAAGGACUAUAUAAAGAUGAUGUUGGAGACCGAACAGCUGAAGUUUCUGGUCUUUGCUCAUCAUCUCAGCAUGCUGCAGGCGUGUACCGAGGCUGUCAUCGAGGCCAAGGCUAGUUAUAUCCGCAUCGAUGGCAGCGUUCCAUCUGCAGAGAGGAUCCAACUGGUGCAUCGUUUUCAAAACGAUCCAGACACGCGUGUGGCCAUACUAAGUAUACAGGCAGCUGGACAGGGUUUGACAUUUACAGCAGCAUCUCACGUGGUCUUUGCCGAACUCUACUGGAACCCAGGACACAUCAAACAAGCAGAGGACAGAGCACAUCGCAUAGGGCAGACCACGACCGUACACAUCCACUACCUCAUCGCCAAAGGAACCUUUGACACCGUCAUGUGGGCCAUGCUCAACAGAAAGGAAACAGUUACGGGCAGCGCUCUGAAUGGAAAGAAAGAGUAUUUGAACGCUGAGGUGGGAGACCAAGAGAAAUGGGACUUUCUGAACUUUGCUCAGGCAUGGACGCCAAGCGAGACCAUGAAGGGUGACUCUGAGGAUGACAAAGAUGGAAUUUUCUUUUCUCACUUUGAAAGGGACAAGCAGCACGACAUCCGAUCAUUCUUUUCCCCCUCUGUGAACAAAGAAAAGAAGAGGAAACGAUCUGGGGAUUCACCCUCCGAAGGAUCUCCUCUCCCCCAAUUAUCAAAGGAGGAGGAGCCUGUUCAGACACUGGAGAUCCAGAGUUCUGAUUUGCAGGCUGACCAGGCAGAGGAUUUUUCCCCGCAGGUGAAGCGCUUUAGGCAGGUUAGCCCCUUGUCACGACGCGGGGGUAAGAAGAGCUCCCUGUCGCCCUUGUGCACCCCCCUCAGACUCUCGGCGGGACUGCAGGCUCCACGCCACAAUCAGAAGUGGAACUGUUCAGCAUGUACGUUCUCCAACAGCGGACUGCUGCUACGCUGUGAGAUGUGUGAAAGUCCACGAAAUGUGCAGAAAGCUCUCAGCCCACCUUCCUCAUUACCGGACCACCCCUCAUCCUCCUCGUCCACAUCGCUCACUACCAUCUGCAUCUCCGAUUCAGACCACGAAAGUGAACCAACCACCCCCAGCACCCCACAAACUCUACAUGCACGUCCAAGCCAACGGGCCAAUCAGGAUGUGGCGGAAACGCACCUGGAUGUAUCUCAAGAAAUGGAACAAAGUGACGAAUUAACUCCACAAACACUCUCUAGUAGUAAUCCAGCUAAUGAAGAUCACUCUCAAAAGGAGUCGGACGACUCUGUUCGCGUGUACGACUGUCUGAAGUUCUGUGCCAGCAAAAACACAGACAGGAUCUACAUCUACGACAAGGACGGCCUCCCGCUCCACUGUAACUUCAUUCCCUUGGAUAUCAGACUGCAGAACUGGGAGGAACUGCCACCAGAAUUCAAUCACAGUGAGAACAGGAGACAGGUUGUGCGAUUCGUGCGUGAGUGGAGCUCUCUGACUGCGAUGAGGCAGAGGAUGGUGAGGAAGAGUGGAAGAGUGUUUCACAGCUCCAUCCUGCUGCUGGAGGAACUCACACAAUCACAGCGACGGCACAGCAGCACCUCCAGGUAUCUCUCCAAACAGGAUGUAGCUCAGACCUCCAUCGCUGUGGCCCAGAAAGAGGGCGGAGCCCUCCGCAUCAUCAACAAGGACAACGUUGCCCCGAAAAGAAGAUCCACAUCCAAACCUACUGAUCACACCAACAGCGAAGCUGAGAGCUCCGUGUGUAUUGAGACAAACACUACGGCCGGUUACCUGCAGGCCGUGGACUCGGCAGGUACCCCCCUGUGUCUGUCCUGCCAGAAGCCCAGCGGGGAGCACCGUGGCUGGGCAGGAGGGUUCUGCAGCCCUGCCUGUAUGGAAGACUUCCAGCUGCGCUCCAAUCAGGGCUACAUGCGCGCCCGUGUGCUGGAGACGGAGCAGGGUGUGUGUCAGCACUGCGGACUAAACGCCCACCAGCUGUACAUGCAGGUCCGGGAUGCCCCGCACACACACCGCAAGGAGAUGCUGGACAACACCUGGUUGGCACAACUUCCUCUUAAACAGCUGAAUGAGAUGAUCCAGAGUCCCGUGGAAGGACAGUUCUGGCAGGUGGACCACAUUAACCCUGUGUACAGAGGAGGAGGACAGUGUUCCCUAGAGAACCUUCAAACCCUUUGUACCGUCUGCCAUCGUAUGAGGACCGCACAGCAGGCCAAAGAUAGAAGUCAGAUGAAACGACACCAAGCUGCCUCCAAACUGGCCUCUGACAUCACAAGAUUCUUCGUGAAGAAAUGAGACGCACUGUCUGUAACUAUUAAAAACAUAUUCUGAGCAGCAAAGAGCCGUUGCCUUGGAAAAGAGCCAUUUGCUUGUUACAUGUCACAGGCGUUAUUUACAAACAUCUGCAGUAUUUGAGAAUUGUUAUUUCUGUGAAUACGAGUUAGUUGAUCAAAUGGCUGUUUUUAAAUCACUGGUCUCAGCAUGACACAAAGCUUUUGAAACUUUUAUAUUUGAUGUAUAUAACGAUACAUUUAAAUAAAAUCACCAAAUAAACAUGCUAUAUUUAAAGCACA